AUGGGUUCGUUCGGCAGCUUCCUCUUUAUAUAUGUUCUCGGUGGCCUCACCUUCAUCCCGUUGGUCAUAUCCUUGAUCCUCCUCUACGCAUACCUUACUCUUCCCGAUGUCGCCUCGUCACAGCAGACAUACAAGCAAGCUUCUGAGGUUCGUCGGCCCACCGACGAUGAGAAUAGCUUGAAGUCCGGCACCGAUGAGCUGGCUGAACAGUUCCACCGUACCCAUGACUCCGAUGUUGCCGCAGGAUACUUUGCUGUUUGUCGAGAAUACGUUCCCGGUGGAGUAAAUGGGAAACCACCAGAGAGAACAACCCCGGCUGGUGAGGUCGUUGCGGCUGAGAGUCCCAGCGUCUACCAGACUAUGUACCGGAGUUUAUUCGAUCGGAAACAAACGCCCAGCAUUGAGCCGACGAAGUCCAAUGGGAAAAAUACUAAGCGGGCGCGAAAUAUCUUUUACAUCGUUCUUCGACAUGGCCAUCUUAUGCUCUAUGAUGAUGAAAGUCAAGUCGAGGUGCGAUAUGUCAUCUCCCUCGCCCAUCACGACGUGAGUAUACAUGGUGCCGAUGGUGAAGGGGAGAUCCCAGAGGGCGAGCUGUGGAUCAAGAGAAACGCCAUCUGCCUGUCGCGGCGAUUGAAUUCGCUUGGAGACCUGGGAGGACCAACGCCGCCCUUUUACCUGUUUUCUGAAAAUCUGUCUGAGAAAGAGGACUUCUACUUCGCCAUGCUCCAGAACCAAUCCAAAUUAUGGGAAUUUGCCGAUCGUCCCCCCAAGCCACGGGAGUUUGAUAUCAAAAACAUCGUUACGCUAGUCCAGCGCCUUCAUUCAUCUGAAGAGCAGUUGCAGACUAGAUGGAUCAAUGCUUUCCUCGGACGAUUGUUUCUGGCUCUUUACAAAACGUCAGAGUUGGAGCAGCAGAUUCGAAAUAAGAUCAGCAAGAAGAUCGCACGCGUGAACAAGCCCAACUUCAUCAGCAAGAUUGGACUGCAAAAGAUUGAUUUGGGAGAAGGAGCUCCCUUCAUUACUAACCCCAGACUAAAAGACCUGACUGCUGACGGCAACUGCUGUGUCGAGGCAGACCUUCAAUACACGGGAAACUUUCGAGUUGAAGUUUCGGCCACUGUGCGCAUUGAUCUCGGUCCCCGGUUCAAAGCGAGAGAGGUUGACAUCGUAUUGGCUGUAGUACUGAAGAAGCUGGAAGGUCAUUUGCUGGUCCGCUUCAAGCCUGCACCUAGCAAUAGGAUUUGGAUGGCAUUUGAAACAAUGCCGAAGAUGGAGAUGGACAUUGAACCUAUUGUCAGCUCGAAACAAAUUACUUUCAGUCUCAUCCUACGCACGAUCGAGAGUAAGAUUCGUGAGGUUGUGGCUGAGAGUAUUGUUUUGCCGUUCUGGGAUGAUAUUCCAUUUCUUGAUACUAUGGGUCAACCCUUCCGUGGUGGCUUAUGGCGACAAGAUACGACAGAAACUUCUGAACAGACGGAAAUACCUGACGAGUCUGGUGACGCUCCCACAACACCCCAGAGUGUCCCUGGGGACAAUCUUGAUGCUUUGAAGUCCAAGGAUGAUCGAACGAAGAGCAUGCCCGUUCUUUCUGAUUCUGUUUCAUCUAAAGUGACAUCUCGUCGGGGUUUGAAGUCGUCAUCCGGGGAAUUGCAGAAAAAUGUGCCAACAGCGACCUCUACCGGAGUUGAGAGACCUGUAUAUCCUCGUGGCAUGCGGUCACAAGCUUUUUCCAGCGCAGCAGAUCCAGUGGUAACACCGGACAAUGCUAAGGUUGAUAAGGUUCUCUCAGAGGCUAAAACAAAGGGCGAGGAGAAGAGCGGCGCAGCUUCAGGUCUGAUUGAAAUAUCAAAUCGUUCGCCACCUAUUUCUCCAGCACCCACUCCGAGUAGCUCGCCGCCCACUGGUGGCCUCAUGGUACCCGAAAGUGCAGCAGUUCACAGCCGUCAAUCUUCCUUUACGGAAUCCGUCGAUGGGCUCAGCACCUUCAAUGACCAUAUCAUAACAAGCCCUAUGUCUGCUCGUUUUGACGGCAACUCUAUCUCUAGUCCACGAAUGUCUCGUGGUAGUUCUUCUGCAUCUCUCACCGAAGAUAGCAAGCCCCGGCGGCGCAGUACCAUGGAGAUCUUGGCUAAGUCAUUCGGGUCUUCAUCUUCCGAUGACAAACCGAAUGGUAGCCUUACAGUGGGCUCAGCAACUGCCGCUGCGAAGAAAUGGAGUAUGAGCGUUUUUAGGAAAGGAGACUCGAAUACAGACCAACAAGCCCCCAGCCCUGCUCCUGGCAACCUCGAUCAGCCGAUUGGUCGUGGACAUCCCCAUCUUCCCCCUGGGGCACCCUUGCCACGCCCGGACAAAUAUGCCCUCAAGAGAAAUGCUACCUCGAACACCUUGCCCAAGCGGAAACCCGUGGUACAUUCAGAGCUGGCCGACUCACUCGACCAAAUUCCUGCUUCUUCCCAUACAUUACCUCGCCGGAAGCCGAUCCCCCCUCACUUGCGAACUAAUAUCGGCACCGACGAGCUCCUCGUGGUUGAGGCACCUUUUGACUCUACACCGAACAGCCCAGCUGUGGGUGAUGUGGACUUGGAAGACAAUUCCGCAGUACCGAUUCUCCCUGACAGUGAGACUUCAUCCAAGACUGAUCUUACUGGGACAGAUUCCAAAUGGAAUGAUGGAGAUGAACAAGACACUAAACCUCUGGAAUCACCUAAAUCAUUGGACCGUACGAUAUCUUCUUCACCUGAAAGCGAGAAUUUGUUGCCUCCUGAAGUGCUCCAAGUUCCAUCAGCUUGA